CGAGUGUGUGACGGCUGGAAAUAGUGGGAAUCCAUCGUAGUGUCUCGCUCUGGUGGCUCAAGAGACCAAUAGUCGAGAAUAAACUCCGCUCAACAACCAUGGCCAGCCUGAACUACGAGGGUCCCUUGUCGAAAUGGACCAAUGUGAUGAAAGGUUGGCAGUAUCGCUGGUUUGUUCUUGACGACAAUGCCGGCCUGCUAUCAUACUAUACGUCGAAAGAAAACAUGGCGCGGGGAGCUCGUCGUGGUUGUGUAAGACUUCAAGGAGCUGUGAUCGGGAUCGACGACGAAGACGAUUCCACUUUCACGAUUCGUGUAGACCGAAAGGGAUUCCAUUUCCAAGCUCGUGACGCUGAGGAGCGGCAGCGUUGGGUCCGCGCACUCGAGGAUACCAUCCUGCGCCACACUCACAGACACGCUCAUCAUAACUUGCAUCUCUGGGAACGGCCGACUUCUGUGAGGAACUUCGAUGACAAGCUGGCAGAAGCUGACAGCUAUCUUCAGCUUCUGAUACAGCAGAUUGACAAAUUGCGAAAGAAGACCCAAGUUCUCGAUGAGAGAGAACGCUCACAGCUUGACGGCGUUUGCAAUAAUGCCAAUGCCUUCCUCGAAACUGUGAAGCAUUCCAUUGUCUCUCUGCAGAUCGCCAAGAAUACGACCGACGUCGCUGGCCAACGAGAUAAGGCAGCCGCAACGAACGGGUCGCUUCAAAGUAUCCGAUCGCCGACGGAAUCCUUGCAGAUUUCCAACUUCAAUUCGUCCGUGCCCGCUACCUCAUAUUCGUCGUCGGAGGACAGUGAUAACGAAGAAUCGGACGACGACUUCUUCGACGCGUGCGAGGACGCCGUCAGUACAGAGGAAGGGACCGAAACUCCCCUCUCCGAUAGUCCUCUGGCAGACCACGCUCCGAUGUUCAAGAAAGGUCGCAAGAAUUCCAGAGAUGGGCGCCCAUCGCAAGGCAAUAUCGUACAGAGUCCGUCGGAGAGCUCGACGAUUUGUGAAUUGUCCGAAGCCGACAUGACGCCCUUCGUGGCGCCGCCCGAAGCUCCCUCCCACAUGAAACCUCACGAGUUCGAUGAGCUCUAUGAGAAUCAGUCGGACUCGGCUGACCAGAACGCCAACUUCAGCGUCCUCGGCCAUCUUGUGUCUCAGAUCCGCAUUGGAAUGGACCUUACCAAAGUUACGCUCCCGACCUUCAUUUUGGAGAGAAGAUCCUUGCUGGAAAUGUAUGCUGACUUUUUCGCUCAUGCCGACCUUUUCGUAAGCAUCGUUGACCAGACGACUCCGGAAAAGCGGAUGAUCGAGGUGGUACGAUGGUAUUUGUCUGCUUUCCACGCCGGGAGGAAUGCGGAGGUCGCGAAGAAACCCUACAAUCCGAUCCUUGGGGAAAUAUUCAAGUGUCAUUACGCUCUGUCGCCAGCUGGCUCCGAGAGGAGAGCAGCAUCGGAUGGGCCGUGUCCAUGGGCGACAGAAGACGACGUGACUUUCGUGGCCGAACAAGUUUCUCAUCAUCCGCCCGUUUCGGCAUUCUACGCCGAGUGUAUAUCAAGGGGAAUCACAUGUUCUGCGCACAUCUGGACCAAGAGUAAAUUCUUGGGGCUUUCUGUUGCUGUACAAAAUUUAGGCCAAGGUUGCAUAAGUUUCCAGAAGUACGACGAGGAGUACACUUGUACGUUCCCAUCGGCUUACGCGCGCUCCAUUCUCGGCGUGCCGUGGGUAGAACUUGGGGGUGAAGUGCACAUUAAUUGUGUGAAGACCGGUUACAAUGCGAAAAUAGAUUUCUUGACGAAACCGACAUUCGGCGGAAAGAAGCAUCAAGUCAAAGGAGUCAUCCACAGACCUCAGAACGACGGAUCUCGAUCUCCGACGCCUUUCGUUCAGAUAACGGGAGCGUGGAACGAUCUUAUGACGGCUAAAUACUUGGACACGAACGAGACGUUCGAGUUUUUCAACCCGCACACUACGGCAACGAUCAAGAAACAGGUUCGACCUUCCGUCGAAAUGCUGCCUUACGAAUCCAGGAGGCUCUGGAUGAACGUCACCUACAACCUCCGGGAAGGAAAUGUAGAUAAGGCUACCGAACAUAAGACUCUUCUCGAACAACGUCAACGAGACGAGACCCGAGAACGCAAUGAGACAGGGAAGCGGUGGAAGCAAAGGCUGUUCAGUGAUAGGGGCGAGAACUGGGUCUAUCGGAACUCGCUCGAGACUCGAAUGCGUCAAGGACGCCGAAGGAGCCAUGCAACUCUCGUAACGAACGCUGAAAACUAG